AUGCCUGGGGGAAGGGGAAGAGCUGGGUCCAUGAACAUUGCAGGUUUCUGGAUUUUAGCUCAGUUUGUCCUCUUACUUGUGGCCGAUGUCAAGUCUUCAGCAGACUCUCAGCUGUGUGAACCUCGCAGGCCCCAAGGACCUCCGGGACCCAGGGGUCCUCCAGGGCCACCUGGUUAUGCAGGACCCAUAGGUAUGCCAGGACCAAGAGGGAGACCUGGGCUUCCUGGACUGGUUGAGAAAUGCCCACCCGUGCCUCAGUCUGCCUUUUCCGUAAAGCUGAGUGGGCCUUUCCCAGGACCCUCCCAGCCCAUUGUGUUCCAGGAAGUUCUGUACAACCAGCAGGACCACUUCAACCCUGCCACUGGUGUGUUCACCUGCAGCGUCCCUGGCGUGUACCACUUUGGCUUUGACAUUGAGUUGUUUCAGAGUGCUGUCAAGGUGGGUCUCAUGCGGAAUGGCACCCAGAUCCGGGACAAGCGAGCAGAAGCUGGAGAUAGCCACGAGCAGGCUUCUGGAAGUUCCAUCUUGGAGCUGGAGAAAGGGGACAGGGUCUGGCUGGAGUCUAAGCUGGACAGAGAAGAAUCUGAAAAAGGAACUACUCACACUGUGUUUUAUGGGUUUUUGCUCAAUGGAAAUUAA